AUUUUUGAUAGUAAACUACGAACAAAAACGUGCAUUUAAGUUUGAUGUAACUGGUUUUCAAAUUAUAUGUGAAAACGUACAGCCAUUAGCAACUAACAAAAAUAUCCAAUUGUUUGCUUCGUUCUUAGUUUACGAAGACUUUAGUAACGUGAGAAACGUUUGUGUAGACACACGUAUCAUGAAGCGCGAAUAGUCUGUUUCACAUCUUGAUUAUUAAAAUCAUAAAGUUCUUAAAGUGCAUUCUUUUCUUAGUCAUGUGUACAAUAAGGUGAUACUUAAGAAAUAUUUAUUUCAACGGGAGUCAAUUACAAUAUAGAAGAAGAUACGAUUAAGAUGGAGCAACUUACCAGGUUCUUGUGCUUCACGUUGUGUGCCUUCGUAGUGACUUGUAAGUCGAAACAUGUAGAGAAAACGUGGCAAGCAGUUAAUGAUGACCAUGUAGUAACAAUAACUGUAUCUAACCGACAACAGAUAAACAGUUAUGCAAAUUUUCAAACGUUUGAGAGUGCUUUUGACUAUAACAGAGACUAUAUUGACAAACAGUUGUGCAGGCUCAUGGAAAACUUGUUUAAUCGGGGCGAUCUAUUUACGAGAAUAUCAUCUCCAAAUUUCUUCCCAUAUUAUUUUAUAUUCCCUAAAUUUUUCAAUAGGAUUAAUGGUUUUUAUGUACCUAAUAAUCUUAAUCCUAAUAUGUUCCAAACUUCUACAGUACCCACAUCUAUUAAAAUAUCUAAUAAAGUAAAUCAAUUAUCUACAAAAAGACCCCAAAUAAGUGGGACCAGACAAUUAUCUACACAAAGACCCCAAAUAAGUGGGACCAGACAAUUAUCUACACAAAGACCCGAAAUAAGUGGGACAAGACAAUUCCAUGUUCCCAUUAUUCCAACAUUAAAGUCUAGAAAUAUUGUGAACCAAGAUUCUACAACCCCGCCGCCGAUACCAGAAAUCAAAAUAAGUACAACUACUAAUAUAAAUACUGAAAGUCCAACAACAACUACAGCCGAGCUACAAGAAGUUAGCACAACUCAAGCACAAGAGAACGAAAAAGGACAGUUUUUCGAUGACGAAGAUGAUACAACAAGGCCGAUUACCUUUCGUGAUACAAAAUCAUCGAAAAGUGAUCGUGGAUUAGAUAAGAAAUUCAGGAAGAUGCCUGAAGUAGAACAUGGAAGUGUGCAAGCUGGGAUUUAAACAACUACGAUGGAGAAGCUAAAAAAAUAGCUGAGUGAAAAUAUCAACCGAAAGUGUACACUUAAAGUUUAAAAGCCGACAAAGACUGUUUAUUAUUUUUAUUGUUAUUGUACUUUUCCUACGAUUCAAUUGUUCUAUUUUUUUGCAUUUAUGGAUCCUCGCAAUAAAUUAUUAUA